AUGCAGCGCUUCUUUGUGCAAGAACGCCGUGAGAAGAAGCUGUUCGAUGCGAUGCCGCCGGGCCGCGCGCCGGGCGGCCAAGGCGCGUGCCUGGUGGGGCUUCCUGGCCCAGCUAGCGGGGCCAUGUCCAGCUUGACCGCCGAGGAGCCCCGUGACAACGAGCCGGGGCCAGGCAGUUCAGCGGAGCCGACGCCGGAGCCUGCUUGUGGGUGGUGGAACUUCGCCAUGGGAAUCUCCCGCGACUCGCGGCACAAGCACUACAAGACCGGAGGGAGCGUCCCAAGCGAGCCAACCAAGCUGCCUUCCAUGGGGAAAUACCGCGCCUUGCGCCUGGACGCGGGCAACUACGCCUGGGGCUCCGAGAACAUCGCCAAGAAGGUGAGGAUUUUGGAUGUGGUCUACAACGCCACCAGCAACGAGUUGGUGCGAACCAAGACCUUGCUCAAGAACACCAUCGUGCAGAUUGAUGCCCACCCCUUCAUGCAGUACUACCAGAAGAAGUACGGCCUCGACUUGGGAAAGAAGAAGAAGACGGGUGCUGCGGACAAGGGCGACAAGAAGGAGGAGGCUAAGGAGGAGGUCAAGCUCAGCCGCCAUGUGAUUGCCAAGCAGAAGGCCCGCGCAGCUAAGACCAAGCUCGACACCUUGCUGGAGGAGCAAUUUCAGAGCGGCCGCCUCUUGGCUUGCAUCGCAUCAAGGCCCGGGCAGUGCGGCCGCGCUGAUGGCUAUGUCCUGGAGGGUGAGGAGACCGAAAGUUCAAUGGGUUUAGGGUUUAGGGUUUAG